UAUGAGGCUUAUUUCACAGCACAUCUGUCGUUACCAUGGUGACGUUAGAGGUGGUGAUACUCAACAGACCGAGUCGAAAUUGUAGCAACACGACAAGGUACGUCACCAUUGUACAUAUAAACUGAGGGAAAUAAAAGACAUUUGUUACUUCAAACACAACAGAACGGACCUCAGAGCCAGCCUGGACGCAGAGUCCAGAGGAAAAAUCCUCUGCCCCCAUCGGGGAUCGAACCCCAGUUUAAAUGUACAGACAGUCGUAAUUUAUUUAGUCAUUAAGCAUUUGGUAGAUUUGUUUGAAUCCGUUCCUUAUGGCAUAAAUUAUGCAACGUGCAUUACAGGAUUACUAUCCCAACAUCUUCCUGAAGAGACUGUGGGAAAACUACAAAACCCCACAGAUAGAGUGGAUUUAAACUCCUGAACUAAAGGUUUGCCACCCUGGACUUUAAGUACAGGAAUUAAUCAUUUAAGGGCAUUCUACAGCAACACGCAACCGGCUGGAUUGCACGACACAGAAGGAGCUGUUUCACAGACAUGUUUAACGUAUCAGCACAGAUCUCGCAAUUGCCCGAUGAAAAGCGACAGGUAUUUUGGAAAGUGAAGACUUUGGGGAGGCUGAACCAAAUCACGGAAAACGACCGCAUCCAUAAGGAAGUCAGAUUUCCAAUAAUUAUGCUCCGGUUAUUGGGAGUGCUGCCAAUUCAGACUUCAUCCAUCACAGGUGAGAGUGAGGUGAAGGUGCGGUCCCCGAUAAUGCUGUACUCCGCUGCGGUGGUUGGUCUUGUGACCGCGGGCACACUCUUCAUGGUGAACGACAGAUUCUGGCGCGUAGUGGACCAGAACAGCUCCUUCGGAGACAAAGUGCUGGAGACAGCGAACAUCAUUUUCUUCCUACCCGUCAUUCUAGUUCCAUUCACUCACUGGUUCGAGUGUGGGAAAAAGGCGAGAUUCGUGAACAGCUGGCGCAGAAUGCAGACGAACUUCCGUGACGUGACCGGAAAGCCGUUGUCGCUCGACCUGACCAGGGCGAUACGGAAGGUGAAAGCGUCGGUGGCUGUCAUCGUGACCGUUCUGACGACGCUCCUGUUCGUCAUGCAGCGAGGCUUCACCUGGUGGCAGGGUCUGUGUUUCGCGUACUGCGUGUGCCUAAGCGUCAUCACGACGGGAACCUGGGGUACAAUGGGCAGAGCGCUUGAGCUGGCCGCGGAACGCGUCAUAACGGAGCUACAGCUGUGCGUGCGUGUGCGCAUGUACCACUGCGCAGACCACGUGCGCCGCUUCAAGUCCCUGUGGGUAAAGCUCAGUCUGCUGACCCAGGAGUUCGGGACGUCGCUCGGGUACAGCUACGCCUGCAACCUCCUGGUCUUCUUCGUCCAGCAGGUGCUCGCCGUCUACGGGAUCCUCUCUGAGAUGGGUCGCGGCUUCGACGUUGUCAACUCAACCUUCGCCGUCAGCGCCAUCAUGUUCACGUACGCCAUAUUUGUCAUUUGUGACGCCGGGCAACUGGCUACUGAGCAGGUUGGUGAGGCCUUCCAAAUAAAAUUACAAACACUGUGUGACGAAUUUCCACACAGCUGGAGUGAAACUAGAUACGAGAUAACACUGUUCCUACAAGCGAUUGCUACAAAUUCACCUAAAAUUACAUUCUGCAGAUUUGUGGAAGUGAACAGAGGACUCAUAGCAUCGCUGAUGGCUGCCAUGGUGACGUACCUAGUCGUCCUGAUGCAAUUCCAGAUGAGCUGGAAACAGCCCUGUGCACAAGUUUGCAUCGCCAAUCUAUCUGCUACAUGUUCCUGAAGCGCUGACCACAAAAAAAAACCCAAAACGAAACCAAAUAAAUCAAGUCGAAUUACGAAAAA